AAGGCAAAAGAGAUAUUACAAAAUUGGUCAUUGACUCAUUCCCUUGAGGACAAUUAAUGCUGUUCUGCCAUCGAUCCUCAAAGCAAAGAGAAGUGAAUCCAUCGACAAGAAUGAGCGACUGAAACAAAUCAAAUGAUGUUGGAAGAAUCCGUUGAUACUAGACAAAGGCUGCAUCACAGGGUGCUGAUAGCUGCAUUAAUUGCAUUUGCCCAAGAUCUGAGUGGCAGAGGAGGAGCGCAGGCAUGGACCUACAACUACAGCACCAGUCCCAACCGUAGAUGGCUUGAGGCCAGCCAGUGGUGCCAGCAGCACUUCACAGGCAUGGUGGCCAUCCAGAACCAGGAGGAGAGUGACUUCAUCAACAAUCUGCUUCCAUUUCACCCAAAAUAUUACUGGAUAGGCAUUCGCAAAGUGGAUGGAGGUUGGCUCUGGGAUGGAACUCGUGAGAAGCUGCCCGAAGAGGCUCAGAAUUGGGCACCAGGUGAACCAGAUGACAUAGCGGGUCAGGACUGUGUCGAGAUUUACAUUAAGAGGGAAAUAGACACAGCCAAGUGGAACAACGAGAACUGUCGCAAGAAGAAGGGAACCAUCUGCUACAGUGCCUCUUGUAAACAGGAUUCCUGCAGUGCCCAUGCAGACUGUGUGGAGACCAUAGGGAGCCAUACCUGCCUGUGCCAUCCUGGUUUCCUGGGGUCACGCUGUGAAGAGGCAAUCACAUGCAGUCCCUUGCUGGAUCCAGAACAAAGUUCACACUACUGUUUCCACCCCUACGGGCCCAAUCGUUUUAACUCUUCCUGCCUUUAUCAUUGUGAACUCGGCUUUCAGUUGGUAGGUGUGUCCCAACUGCUUUGCCAAGCCAGUGGCCACUGGAACCACCCUGUUCCUCUGUGUCAAGCUGAACAGUGUCCAGUUCUGAACCACACCAACAUCGAUGCAGGAAGCAUGAACUGCAGCCACCCUAUUGCGCCUUACAGCUAUAACUCAACCUGCGAGGUCCAGUGUGACGAAGGCUAUGAGCCCAGUGGACAUAAACAGAUACGUUGUGACCACACUGGCCAAUGGACAGCCAGUGUCCCAACAUGCAAAGUGAAAAAGUGCUCCCCCAUUACAUUUCCCGACAUGGGAAACAUGACAUGUGUGGACGCUCUGGAGACUUUUUCCUUUGGCUCAAGUUGUAACUUCGCCUGCCAGGAAGGAUACAACCUGACCGGGGACAACACGCUCACAUGUCUGGCCUCGAAACAAUGGAGCAAACCCACGCCUACAUGCACAGUGGUUAAGUGCGACAGUCUAAAGGCUCCUCCUCAUGCCUCACUGCAAUGCCACGACCCCCUGGGUGCGCACAGCUAUGGCUCAAUAUGCACCAUGCAGUGUGAAGAGGGUUUUGAUCUGAUUGGCACAAACAUGACGAAAUGUUCUUCACGGGGAAGCUGGACUCAUGCUCUUCCCAGCUGCCAAGCUAAGAGGUGCAUUCCACUAAAUCCUCCUCACGGCUCCAUAUCCUGUUCUGACCCAAAUGGUCCGUUCAGUUUUGGUUCUCGGUGCGCAGUAGCCUGUGACGAGGGCUUUGUCCUGCUGAAUGGCACUGCAAGCACUGAGUGCAACUCUCUGGGCAUGUGGAGUGCUGAUAUAGCACGUUGCUUGGCUAAGAGAUGUCCCACUCUGAUCUCUCCCUCUCAUGGCUCCUUAAUCUGCUCUGAUCCUCAUGAAGAGUUCAGUUUUGCUUCUCGGUGCAGGUCAACUUGUGAGGAGGGUUUUGUCCUGAAUGGGACGGCUGACACAGAGUGCACCUCUCUGGGCACAUGGAGCACAGACAUCCCAAGCUGCUUUGCUAAGAGAUGUCCCACUCUGAAUUCUCCCUCUCAUGGCUCCUUGGUCUGCUCUGCUCCACACGGAGACUUCAGUUUUGGCUCUCGGUGCACAUCAGCCUGUCAGGAGGGUUUUGUCCUGAAUGGGACAGCUGACAUAGAGUGCACCUCUCUGGGCACGUGGAGUGCUGACAUGCCACCAUGCUUGGCUAAGAGAUGUCCCACUCUGAUCUCUCCCUCUCAUGGCUCCUUAAUCUGCUCUGAUCCUCAUGAAGAGUUCAGUUUUGGUUCUCAGUGCAGGUCAACUUGUGAUGAAGGUUUUGUCCUGAAUGGGACGGCUGACACAGAGUGCACCUCUCUGGGCACAUGGAGCACAGACGUCCCAAGCUGCUUUGCUAAGAGAUGUCCCACUCUGAAUUCUCCCUCUCAUGGCUCCUUGGUCUGCUCUGCUCCACACGGAGACUUCAGUUUUGGCUCUCGGUGCACAUCAGCCUGUCAGGAGGGAUUUGUCCUGAAUGGGACAGCUGACAUAGAGUGCACCUCUCUGGGCACGUGGAGUGCUGACAUGCCACCAUGCUUGGCUAAGAGAUGUCCCACUCUGAUCUCUCCCUCUCAUGGCUCCUUAAUCUGCUCCGAUCCUCAUGAAGAGUUCAGUUUUGCUUCUCGGUGCAGGUCAACUUGUGAUGAAGGUUUUGUCCUGAAUGGGACGGCUGACACAGAGUGCACCUCUCUGGGCACAUGGAGCACAGACGUCCCAAGUUGCCAUGCUAAGAGAUGUCCCACUCUGAAUUCUCCCUCUCAUGGCUCCUUGGUCUGCUCUGCUCCACACGGAGACUUCAGUUUUGGUUCCCGGUGCACAUCAGCCUGUCAGGAGGGAUUUGUCCUGAAUGGGACGGCUGCCACAGAGUGCACCUCUCUGGGCACAUGGAGCACAGAUAUUCCCCGAUGCCUGGCACAACCAUGCCCCCUACUGUCCAAUGCUCCAAAGCACGGGAGGAUGAACUGCAGCCAUCCACACUCCCCGUUCAGCUAUAGCUCCCACUGUGACUUUGAAUGUAGUGAUGGUUUCUGGCUGAGAGGCGCAUCAUCUAUGACAUGCAACACCUCAGGCCACUGGAGUCAGGAUCUACCAGCCUGUCAGCCCGUACAGUGCAAGGCCAUCCGUGCCUUGUCUUUAGUCCUGUCCAUGAACUGCUCCCAUCCUCUGGGUGACUUCAGCUUUGGCUCCCAGUGUCGUUUCACCUGUAGAGAUGGAUACUCCCUGAAUGGCACAGAGGUGCUGUCCUGCUCCUCCACUGGGUUUUGGAAUGGCAGCCUGCCUAGCUGCAAGGUGGAAGGUAUGCCAGUGGGGACUGCCAUGCUGAUGUAUACAGGUGUGGGAGCAGCCGCUGUUGUCGUUCCACUUGUCCUGAUCGGACUGGUGUUGCUGAUUAUGACAAGAUUUAAGAAAAGAGGGAAUCCACUCAUGUCUGAUGCGCCAGGAUGGGGAGACAGAGAGAAUCCAGCAUUUGAAUUUUGAUGCUUUCGUUCCGUUUUUGCAGCAAAUCAUUGCGAAUACUGCAGUCUAAUGCUUGCUAUUAUUAGGUGGAAGCUCCACUUUAAAUGUGAUUUCAAUUUCCACUCAGAAAAUCUCACACAACUCAUGCAUGAUACACAUGAUACAAGUUUGUCCGCAGCUCUUGCUUCAUGUCCUGACUGUAUUUUGCUUAAGUGUCAAUAAAUUAUCAACAGUUCUCAAACCUCA